GAGCACUCGCUCCUCCCUUCAUAACAUCGAAACCUGUAACAGCUCCUGCAGGCGUCUGCCCAGUGAUGGUGGUUCUGCGUACCGUGCUCUUCGCUUGGCUUGGCGUGCUGCCGGCUGCCUGGUGCUUGCCGCAGGAAGCAGGUCGCUCGUCGUCACUGCGGCCCCUGUCCCUGGCGGAGGAUCUCAGCCCGAAGGACCUCAGCGACAAGAACGUCAACCUGCACGACCUCCUUCAGGAUGAUCUGUCUCCCCAGGACGAGCUGAACGCCCUCUCCUCCGCCGCCGCCGCCCCCGUCAGAGAGGGGCCAGGAAGCUUCAGGAGCUACGACGAUAGCGAGCGUGCCCUGUUGAGGAGGGUGGGGGGCGCCUCCCCCGUCCUAUACCAGCUGCCGGAAGCCCUACCGGAAGCCACCGGGGCCGCCGAAGGUCUCCGGGACGCCCUCCUUCCAGCGCUGGUUGCCGACGACACCGCAGGGGCAGCCGACUGGACUCCAGUCGAUCCUCGCUAUUACAUUCUCAUGGAAUACCUUAAUCAUAAUAAUGAGGACAGCAACAUGGACAGCGCCAGGUUCAACAGGCUAGGCAGGUCCCGCAGCCCGGCCCUUCCCGACAGCAACAGCAAGGUGAAGAAGAGCUGGCCCAACGGUCUCUCCCGCCGAAGGGCCUCUGGCUUGUCCCUGUCCAUCGACGCCUCCAUGAAGGUCCUGCGGGAGGCGCUGUACCUGGAAAUCGCCCGGAAGAAGCAGCGGCAGCAGAUGCAGAGAGCCCGCCAGAACCAGGCGCUGCUCACCACCAUCGGCAAGCGCGACGUGCAAAAGCAGGCCAGAGAGUCAGACAUGGAAAGCGAGAACAGGGAAUAAAUAAGAAUACCGAUGAAGAUAGAGAGAAAGAGAGAGAGAGAGAGCGAGAG